CACAUCGAGAACUGGCGCGGCCUGCACACGCUCAACGCCGUGGACAUGGAGCUGUACACCGGCCUCCAGAAGCUGACCAUCAAGAACUCAGGACUUCGGAACAUCCAGCCCAGAGCCUUUGCCAAGAACCCCCACCUGCGCUAUAUAAACCUGUCGAGUAACCGGCUCACCACUCUCUCGUGGCAGCUCUUCCAGACGCUGAGUCUUCGGGAAUUGAGGUUGGAACAGAACUUCUUCAACUGCAGCUGUGACAUCCGCUGGAUGCAGCUGUGGCAGGAGCAGGGGGAGGCCAGGCUGAAUAGCCAGAACCUCUACUGCAUCAACGCCGACGGCUCCCAGCUCCCCCUCUUCCGCAUGAACAUCAGUCAGUGUGACCUUCCCGAGAUCAGCGUGAGCCACGUCAACCUGACUGUACGAGAGGGUGACAACGCUGUCAUCACUUGCAAUGGCUCUGGAUCUCCCCUGCCUGAUGUAGACUGGAUAGUCACUGGGCUGCAGUCCAUCAACACCCACCAGACAAAUCUGAACUGGACCAACGUACAUGCCAUCAACUUGACGCUAGUGAAUGUGACAAGUGAGGACAAUGGCUUCACCCUGACAUGCAUUGCAGAGAAUGUGGUGGGCAUGAGCAACGCCAGUGUUGCCCUCACCGUCUACUACCCCCCACGCGUGGUGAGCCUGGAGGAGCCUGAGCUGCGGCUGGAGCACUGCAUCGAGUUCGUGGUGCGCGGCAACCCACCGCCCACACUGCACUGGCUGCACAACGGGCAGCCCCUGCGAGAGUCCAAGAUCAUCCAUGUGGAAUACUACCAGGAGGGCGAGGUCUCUGAGGGCUGCCUGCUCUUCAACAAGCCCACCCACUACAACAACGGCAACUACACCCUCAUUGCCAAAAACCCACUGGGCACAGCCAACCAGACCAUCAACGGCCACUUCCUCAAGGAGCCCUUUCCAGAGAGCACAGAUAACUUUGAAUUAGUUGACGAAGUGAGCCCCACACCUCCCAUCACUGUGACCCAUAAACCAGAGGAAGACACUUUUGGGGUAUCCAUAGCCGUGGGACUUGCAGCGUUUGCCUGUGUACUGUUGGUGGUUCUCUUUAUCAUGAUCAAUAAGUAUGGUCGACGGUCCAAAUUUGGAAUGAAGGGCCCUGUGGCUGUCAUCAGUGGCGAGGAGGACUCAGCCAGCCCGCUGCACCACAUCAACCACGGCAUCACCACGCCCUCGUCCCUGGACGCCGGGCCCGACACGGUGGUCAUUGGUAUGACGCGCAUCCCAGUCAUUGAGAACCCCCAGUACUUCCGUCAGGGACACAACUGCCACAAGCCAGACACGUGGGUCUUUUCAAACAUAGACAAUCAUGGGAUAUUAAACUUGAAGGACAAUAGAGAUCAUCUAGUCCCAUCAACUCACUAUAUAUAUGAGGAGCCCGAGGUCCAGAGUGGGGAUGUGUCUUAUCCAAGGUCACAUGGUUUCAGAGAAAUUAUGUUGAAUCCAAUAAGCCUUCCCGGACAUUCCAAGCCUCUUAACCAUGGCAUCUAUGUUGAGGAUGUCAAUGUUUAUUUCAGCAAAGGACGUCAUGGCUUUUAAAAAAAAACAAAAAACAAAAACUCCUUUUAAGCCUCCUUGUUCUGAUGUCACCUUGGUAGGCUGGGCCCUCUGAGAGGUUGGAAGCUCUAGGCGUUGUUGUUUUUGGAUUGGGGAUGCUGAGUAGAAACUGCAUGAGCCGCCGGUGCCCCCGCACCCUUUUCUACCACCAAGAUGGGUGUUUGUCCCCAUCCACCACUGGCAGGGCUGCCCCUUCCCUCCAAUCAUCACUGUGCUCCUUUUUUUCUGGCCUCUGAGGCAGCUCCUGCCACCACCUUUAGAGCCAAUAAAAAAGUAUUAAAAACCCGUGCACCAGGAGCCAUCUUUUAAACACGCUAGCCAUUUUCUUGCUUUACAAAAACAACCCAACCACCAGGAGAGAGCUUGAUGAAGUCCAGCUUGCUCCAGCCUCACUUUUCCUGCUCGGAAGUGUGGGGUCCCCUGGCUCUCCCUAGGAUACUGUGCUGUCCUCUUAGUGACCUCAUCGCCCUGCAGCGUCCAGUGGGGAAGAGUCACGAGAGCACCUAAGCAGAGGCAGAGACGGCAUGGCGCUGUAGGAGGAGGGGAGCCAGGUCCAAGUGUUGGCACCAGAUUAGGUCUCAGACGAAAGAAUGGAAGCUAAUCACUUGUCUUUUUCUUUUUCUUUUUUUUUUUUUUUUUGGUGAAGAAAACCUUACUUUUUGGGGGGCACAUUUGCCCCUACUUCCUCUUCUCUCGGGAUCGGCUCAAGUUGAGUGCAAUGUUAGAAAACUCCUUGGAAAGGAGAGUUACUCCAGGCUCCUCCUUGGCCCCUAGAUCUGCCAUUUUGAUGAGCUUUGGCUGCAGAAGGUCUUGCCUGUGAAUUGGCCAUUCUCCUAGGACCACCAGGGACCAAGGGAAGCAGGGACCAAGGCCCUUUCUGCUAGUCCAUGAUCCUGGAAUGGGCUCUCUUCCCCUAUUUCCAUUUAUUCUUGACUCAGAACUUUUGGAACCCAAUGGAAUCACCAUUUCAAGGUCAAGAUGAACUGAAGGGGAAGAGAAGUAAAACUUGGCCUCCUCCAGCCCCUCUCAUGGCACCAAUGGAAGUGUCACCUGAUCUCUGGUCAAUAUAUGUGUUUACUUUGCUUGCUUUGACUCAUGCCUUACUCCAUGGCCACCCUCUCCUAAAGAGGGGGUUGUUUCCCCCAUUUUCAACUUGAUCCACUGGGGAGAGGGAUGACUUUCCCUUGCUUUGAUAGGAAAGGCAUAUUUGUAGGGCCUGAAUCUCUCCCAGACUUGCUGAUACUCAACUGUGUGUCUGGUUGGCCCCAUUCUUCCAACUCAUGGGGCCUCCAGUGUGCCAAGUCAGCAUAGGCUGCCUACUGGGUGGUGGAGAGCAUGGAGCAGGGAGCCUCCCAUGAAGAGCUCUUGGGACAAAAUGGUGGUGGUUUAAUCCAGUAAGGUUCAAGGCAAUGCAUAGCAAUAGAGUACAGUCUAUGCCUUUGGCCAGUUUACUUGGGAGUUAAGAUUCCCACUUAAGGGUUUUACUCCUUGGGUCCUAUGGAUGGUGUUUCUUCAUGUCAGGUACCCAGCCUGAUUCUGCAGAUGCCUCCAUGGGGUUUAAAGACAUGGAGCUUUCCAAGGUCUUACCCAGUAUCUGGGAUAGCCUCCCAGGCACCUGUGUUUCCAGAGCAUCUCCUGGGAACUCAGGUUCCUUCCAGGGCCUCAAGGUGCGUGUUCACCCAGCCCCUCCCAGCUCUCCUCAUCCUGCUCCCAUUGCUCCAUGUCAAUCAGUUCCCCAUCACGUCCUAUUGACCCCUGGGAUCCAGGGCCUCCUCCUGAGUGUGGCUUUAAGGAGUAAGCUUGAGGAUGAUGUUUUUAAUUAUUGUAAAUCAUUACCUCAUUUCCAGCCUCACAGGCUCCAUCCAUUCCAGCAUCUUUUAUUCUGCCAUUUUCUUCACCUUGUGCUAUGACAAUGGGGCGUUGUGUUUCC